UCUUGCUCCCAGGCACGCCAUGGACACAACCGGCCACAGCGUCCUCCUCCUCCAGCAGCUGAACAUGCAGCGGGAGUUCGGUUUUCUGUGUGACUGCACAGUUGCCAUUGGAGAUGUUUACUUCAAAGCCCACAGAGCGGUGCUCGCCGCUUUUUCAAACUAUUUUAAGAUGAUAUUUAUUCAUCAGACGAGCGAAUGCAUAAAGAUUCAGCCGACAGACAUCCAGCCUGACAUAUUUAGUUACUUGUUGCAUAUCAUGUACACUGGGAAAGGGCCAAAGCAGACUGUCAGCCAGAGCCGGCUGGAGGAGGGCAUCCGCUUUCUCCACGCAGACCACCUCUCCCACAUCGCGAUUGAGAUGAACCAGGUUUUCUCCCCAGAGCCGGUCCAGUCUUCAAACUUGUAUGGAAUCCAGAUCUCAACUGCCCACAAGCCAACGAAGGAGCGCCUGGGAGCAAAGGAGACUCUGCCCAAGGCAGGCAGCAGGUCUGCUGCCCAGGGUGACCACCCGCAGCUGCAGCUCUCUCUGGCCAUCGGUCUGGAUGACAGCUCCCUGGACCAGCACAUCGCUCGUCCCUCUGCUCAGCCUGCGGCUCUUGCCAAGCCGGGAGACGAGCGUCCAAAGCUCUCAGAGCGAUGCGACUCAGAGCCCGUGGUGUCCCAGAGCUGCACCCCUCCUUCUCCGGAGCUAGCAAGCCCCAUCUUUGGCAAGGCCAGCCUCAAGGUGCACUUGUGUCACUACUGUGGGGAGCGUUUCGACUCUCGGGGAGGGCUGCGGCAGCACUUGCACACCCACGUCUCAGGGUCGCUGCCGUUCGGUGUGCCGGCCUCCAUCCUGGAGAGCAGUGACCUGGGGGAGGUGCAGCCUCUGGCCGAGGACAGGGAGGCUGGGGAUGGCCACCGGCUUGGGACCUUCCUCCUCAAGGAUGACGAGCAUCCGCUGGAGCAUCCGAGCUGCGGCGACCUGGAGCCCCUGCAGAUUGGCCAGCUCUCCCUCAUCUCCAAGGACCACGAACCAGUGGAGUUGAACUGUAACUUUUCGUUCUCAAGAAAGAGAAAAAUCAGUUGCACUGUCUGCGGCUGCACGUUUUUCCGGAAGAGCCAGCUGCUUGAACACAUGUACACACACAGAGGGAGGCAGCACAGACACAGCCGCUGUCAGCAGCUGGAGAGCCCCGCGACCCCCAGGUUUCAUCCUUACUGUGACAGCGAGAGCACGGGGAAGAGCUCCAGUUUAUCCCAAGACCACUUAGAUGAAUGUAUACUGGAGUCGGAUCUCAUCCAAGAAAGUGUUGAUACGAUCCUGGUAGAGUAA